CGAUUUUAUCGGAACUAAAACCCAGAAAAACGUCCCUUCUCAUCUACCGAAAAACCACAAAAGAAGAGUGCGCGGAAAACAAAAAUAAAAAAUAAAAAAUCCCGCGGAACAUCAACGGCGAUGGCGCUUUCGAUGCUCUCCCUCUCGUCCGCCAUAAGAGCUUCCUCGGUGCCCCUGGACGUCGAGCACCGUCUUCCGUACAAUUCCCGCCGCACUCGUCCCAAGAAACCAGACGCGUUGACGGCGGCACCACCGACCAAUCUAACCACCACACUCGACAAGCGUUCCCCGAAGAUAUCCGUUUCGGACCUCCUUAAACGCGACAUCUCAAAAAGUGCUCAAGGUGUUGGUGCUGACCAUUUUAACUUUACCGGUGUUGGUGUAGAGGAAUUAGGUGGCUCGUAUUUGGGAUAUGAAACAUGGCUGCCCACUCCACCGAAAGUUGAGAAGCCUCGGUCUGUGUUGAACCCUGCAUCACUGGCUUACAUCGGGGACUGCAUUUAUGAGUUAUAUGCUCGCAGGCAUUUCUUGUUUCCUCCCUUAAAUAUUGAAGAAUACAACGACCGUGUGAUGGCUGUUGUACGUUGUGAAGCACAGGAUGCAAUAUUGCAGAAACUUAGGAGUGACAGCUUCUUAUCACAAGAAGAGAGAGAUGUGCUCCGUUGGGGGAAGAAUAUUAAUUCCUCAAAAACACGUACAAAGAAGCGUGCAGGUGUUGCGGUCUACAACAGAGCAUCUUCACUGGAGACACUAGUGCUGGUGAGAAUAAAGAAAAGGCGUUGUAUACUCAGCACUUGCGUUAAAAAACCUGGAAUCGAUCGUAUUAAGCGGACUUUGGCUUUGGAAUAUGCUGUAGCUCUUAUGUUGGUUAUUUGUACCUUACAAAUGUUCAGCGGCUGGAGGAGAUCAUGGAAAAAAUCGGCUUUUCUACAGAUACUUCUAAACCCCCUGAAGAAGAGAGAUAAAAUGGGGCUUUUAAUUGUGAACUUGGCCCAAGACUAGACUCAGCUGAGAAAGGAACUUUACUGAGAUAAGGCGCAAAACCUUGAUCAAUUGAUUUCUCCAUUUCUAACGUGUCAAAUUCAACUUCAGAAGGGUCUGUUCUGUCGAAGGGAGUUUCUAUCAAGUUCUCAAAUUUCAGGUUUCUCAUUGUAAUCACUACAAUUCUUCCCUCGCCCAUAAUUAUUCUUAUUGUUAGUUAAAAAUGUACUUUGAUUGUGACUCAAAAGCUGUAUGUGUUUAAAUGUUGGCCUAGUGAUGGAGAUUGGACUGUGGGAGUUCCCUUUUUUUUUCAGGAAACUGAAAAAAUAUACUAAUAUAUUUUGUAUUGACAAUAUUUAUAUGAUAUCCACAUAUAUAUAACUUUUAACAGAUUGUCUGGUGAGAGGCUUGUGCAUUCUGGGUUCUUCAUCUAAAACGACAAGCGUACAAAUCCCAUUGAGAAAGUUGGGUCACUAUUUUUUGGAUAUGUUGGGAGUUUGAGAGUUUUUCAGUAUGUAGCAAAUUUAUCCAUUGAGGAUCUAAUUAAUCAUGACCAUCAACAUUUUUGUUGACACGAAAUAUAUCAGCAGAAUAAGAAUUGUAUAUAUUUGGCAAUUUAAGAAGUACCAAUGUAGUAAACAUCAUUUUCAUUAUGUGAAUGAAUUGUUUUUUUCUUUUUGAUUAAUUGUUGAAUGCAG